ACAUUUCAGUCUCUGACGGCAUUUGCCAGCGCGCAAAACACUUUCUUUUCGACGCGUUCCGCAUGACACAUUUCCAAGUAGAAGGAAAAAAUAAAUAUUCAAAUACUGUUAUUAAAUAAAAAUAAUCGUCGGAUUAUUAUGUGAACGUAUGUUAAUGUGUAAGCAAACAAACAUUGAAAGCGUCAAACCGAAAUCAAUUAAAAUAUCAAACAGCAAAAACAAAUAAAAUUUAAAAUAAAUCUAAGACGAAUUUUGGCACAGCAUGAGCCAAAGUUUUAGAAGUUUAAUGCACGGCAGUGACGGCGGAGAAGGCGAUGGAGUUUCCCACUCGGAACGUCAGUCGUCGGAGGAUGUGCCAGAGUUCACAGCGACAACAACGGUGACUACAACAGCCGGCGACGUUGGCGGCGGACCAAGGGAUGGCGGCGAAGACGAUUUCACCGAUGACAACAAUUUUGAAUCAAAUUUGCGACGUCGCAAAGGAAAAAUAAUAUCCUGUGCCAAGGAGACCAUCGAGAAUGCUUCCCGCCAAUUACGCCGUAAAGUGCCCUACGCCGGUCAUUUGAUGACGCCGCGUCGCCUCUGGCUCAAUAAAAUUCCCACCCAAUGUGACGUGGUUAUUGAAUUUCCCGAGGAUGCCCCGGACGAGGCGCUCCGUUGGCUCCUGGCCCGCAUCCGUGCCCAGCCGCCAGCUGGUCUGGGGCUCCUGGUCCAGGUCAAGGCGCACGAGAGCACGCGGCGGAAUGCUUUCUAUGUCAGUGCUCCGGUUAAUGUCCUUUUUAGAGCUGCCGAAGAAGCCCGCCUGCCCAAACGUCUGCGUCCGGAUUUGGGUGGUGCUCUGAGGGAGUUUACCACCCGCGAAAGUCAUUGUUUCCAGCAGUUGCGUGGUGAUGUUGGUAGCACGGCUCUAUUCACCUCCCAGGAGCGCCAGUGGCUCGUCCUUCAGGUCCUGCAGGGUCUGCGCGCCGGCUGCAGUGACAUCGAUGCCCUCCACGGACGGGCUGCCGUCGCCGAGGGUCAGAGCAUCGUGGCCGCCUGGCAGGACUCCGGCCUGAUCACCCAGGUCUUCCCGCUCCACGAGCCAAGUUCGCUGACUCAGCUCCAGACGCACUGGGUCAAGCAGAUAUUCGCCCCACAACCGCUGGAUGACAUUGCUGCCUAUUUUGGCGUAAAGGUUGCGUUGUACUUCGCGUGGCUGGGUCAUUACACCUGCGCUCUGGGCGUACCGGCUGUGUUUGGCACCAUUCUGUACUGUGUGCUGUGGGGCAAGGGUCAGACGGCUCAGGACAUGGGCCACGUGCUCUUCUCCCUGUUCAAUGUGGCCUGGGCUUCACUGUAUCUGGAAGCCUGGAAGCGGUAUUCCGUGGAGUUGGCCUUUCGCUGGGGCACUUUGUCAACGCCGCCCGAAUUGCUGGAACCACCGAGGCCCUUGUACAAGGGCCCUCUGGAGGAGAACAAUGUGACGGGUCGUUUGGAGCCCAAGGAGGCACCUGCCUGGCAGCGUCGGGCGUUUCGCUAUCUGGUCAGCUUUCCCAUUAUCGGAUGCUGCCUGUGUGUGGUCUUUGCUGUGAUGUUCCUCAUGCUGCGCUUUCAGGACUGGUGGGACUCGAAGUUGCCCGAGGAAAGUGUUUUAUGCUGUCUCAGUGUCAUACCAAAAGUCCUGCUGGCAGGAGCCAUUACUUUAAUGGACGAGGCCUACUUUAAGUUGGCCGUUUGGCUUAAUGACAGGGAAAACUAUCGCCUGCAGUCGAAAUAUGAGAAUCAUUUAAUAGCCAAGGUGGCUCUUUUCCAGUUCGUCAACUCUUUUCUAUCGCUCUUCUAUAUUGCUUUCUAUUUGAGGGAUGAGGAGAAGCUCAAAGAGCAACUGGCUGGUCUGCUCAUCUCGCGCCAAAUUAUUGGAAAUCUUCGCGAAUCGGCAAUUCCGUACUUUGUUGAACAAUGGAAAUUGGCCAAAUUGAGCUUCAACAUGUGGGGUGCUUUAAGUCCUACCCAAAAUGUGACUCGCAGUCUGGCCGAGGAACUGGCCACUGCCGAAGCGGAACUGAAAGCCGAGAGUACUGCCACGCCCACCAGGACCCAUCAGCCGGAGGCGUCCAGUAAGAGGAAUAUUGGUCAGGCCGAAAUUGAGAGCUCGUUGUACAAGUACGAUGGCACUUUCUCGGACCAUUUGGAGAUGCUCGUUCAAAUGGGCUAUGUGGUGCUCUUUUCGGCCGCCUUUCCACUGGCCGGAGUUUGUGCUCUGAUCAAUAACCUGAUGGAGAUUCGCUCAGAUGCCUUCAAGCUGGCCCAUGUACAUCAGCGGCCAUUUGGGCAGCGUGUGGCCAACAUCGGCACCUGGCAAAACGCCUUGAGCAUUCUAUCACUCGCCGCAGUCAUCGUUAAUUGUGCCCUGAUUGGCCUUUCUGGACAAGUGUCGAGGCUGUGGCCAGGAUUGACCACCGCGCAGACCAUCAUUCUGAUUGUCACCCUUGAGCACAUAAUGUUGGGUCUGCGGCAGGCAUUAACUUGGCUCCUGCCGGAGUUGCCCUCAUGGUUGGCGGCGGAAAUCGCACGGGCCGAGCAUUGCCGCCGGGAAAUGCAGUGCAAGGGGACCUCGCCACGACCCACACCCCCGACUCCACAGUCCACGACGUCCACGCAGCCGGAACAGGAGGCUAGCAACGGGGCAAACACCACCCGAGAUCAGUCCAUGGAGAGCCAGGUGGCCGAGGAUAUGCUGCUCUACGGACAGGAGUUCGCUGGCUAUGGGCGUAACAUCGAGGCGGAUGUUAAUAUUUAUGAGAAUCGUGAUUCAUCACCCGACUCGCCGCCCUCGCAGACCAGCACCAUUCUGAUUAGACCGCUGCACGAGUCAACGCCACCGCAUGGUGGUGCCUCCCUGUCCAGUCUGCAUCAGGACGGUAAUGGCGGAGCUUAUCAGAGUUGUGUUAGGAAAUCGAAAAUAAUUAUACCGGAAAUUCCGCCAUAUCUGGGAAACUCAGUGCGAAAUUUAACAACUUUGGCUGGUGGCAAUCCGAGAAUGUCACACCAACAGAAGCUACAAAGCGGGGCUUCUGCCAGCACACUAGCUCUGAACUCGGCCUUAAAUGCAACUCGCAUGCAUAUACAAGAAAUACCACCGUUCCGAAAGAAAUCGACCGAUUCAGCGGAAAGCGCCAGUAGCAGUCCCCAGCGUACGACUAUGCGACAAUUAUCAGCCCAGCGGGAUCCGCAGCAGACGAUCCCCGAGAUACCACCGUACAAGACGCGUAAAAUAUCCGCGGAGAGUGCCAUGCAUCUGAAUAUGAGCGACAAGCUACACAUAAAACUUCAUGCACCAGAAUGGAUGUCACGUUUAAAAGUCAACGACAAUGCAAAUCUGCAUAGAAGCAUAGAUUGUAUUUCAAAGGAACUUGGCAACACGGCAGACACAGCGGAUGUUCUGAAGCCAGCUCCUUCAUGGUGCAAUGUGGCCAUUAGGUCGGCGGCACCACCUGGCCACAUUUUGGCCACCCCACCAGCUUCCCAGCCUCAGCAGCAUAUAGUCGCCUCUUCAUCCUCAUCCUCCGGCGGCGGCGGCAGCGUCUUCAGUCCCAGUGGCGCUGGGCCAACUGGAGGUGCAGUCGGGAUCAGUAAUUCCCAGUCAAGACCCAGUGUUGGCGCACUAUCCAACUCCUCGUCCAAUUCGUCCCACAAACAGCAGCUGAAGCAGCAGGCCAAGGAAGAAAAGGAGCGGGCCAAGGAGGAAAAGCAGUUGGCCAAGGAGGAAAAGCAGUUGGCCAAGGAGGAAAAGGAGCGGGAUAAGGAAAGGGAGAAGGAACGACAAAGGGAAAAGGAGAGAGAGAAAGAAAAAGAGAAGGAAAAGGAUGCACAGGGAGCUGCAGCAUCCACAUCUACAGCAACUACCGAUGAUGAGGCUAAAGCCGCUGAACUGGCCGCCAAGAAAUCGCGUCUAAAGCAGAAGCUGGUGAAGAGUGCGAGGUCUGUGGCCAUAUUCUCGCUAAAACUCAAGGAGCGCAGACAACGUGAGGCGGAAAAGGCAGCCACCAUAGCCGUUGAGCAUGCCAAGGCUCUGGCCAAGCUGCCGAUGCCCCAGCCAGUGGGCGGCGAAUUGUCUCUUAUACCCAUCGAACAACUAAUACAAAUUGAGGACAUCAUUCCCGCGAUGAAGGCUGCAGCAUCCACAUCGGGAACGACAGCAACGACAUCGUCCAGUCAAGCCGGACCAUCGACGUAUCAGCAGCAUUACCAUCCACAUCCACCUUCACAUGCACAUCCACAUACGGAUAAUUAGGCUUUUUAAAUAAUAAGAAUGAUUAGCCACUCGUUCGCACACUUUGUAAAUAGUUUUCUAUGCACCCGCCCCCAUCUAGCCGAGAUUUUAUCGAAGUUACUGAUGAUAUAUGAGCAAAUUUGCUGAAUGUGUGUCUUGUCCAGAGUUGGAAGCAACUAAUUAACUACCGUUUAGCGAAAUUAAGUUACUCAACUAAAACGAACAUGUUUUCGCGGAAAUCAUUUCAUAUACAAAUUUAUCAAGUUUUGUAUGUAUGGUGUUUAAUUGAAUAUGUAUUUAAGCCGGGUAAUGUUUUUGGCAAAAACAGAAUUCUGGAUAUAGAGCAAUAAUGCAUCCAUAGAAAUCGUAGUCAGCGAAAAAAACAAUAAUUUUUAGAUGAACAAUUGUGAAACGAAUUUUUGUUUAGCGUUUUAGCUGUUAAUGUGUUUUUAGUAGACAUUGUUGCUUAGCGUUUAGCCGUAAAACAAAAAAAAAAACAAUUUGUUACUUGAAAAAUGUUGAAAAAGUUACAUUUGCAUUUAUGUUGCCAGUGACCGAAUAGUUAUUAAUUACGAAUAUUAAUUAACAGACACAAUCAAACACUCUCACACGAAAAUCAAAAUCAGACAACACAACGACACGCAUAACUGUGAGAUAAUAUCGUCCAUUGUUCCUUCCAUAUACAAGGAUAACGCCUUCGCACUCGCUUUUAGCUAUGGUACAACAGAUCGGAUAUAAAACUAUUACUAAUUGCAGCUUGCUAUCAACGGAGAAAAAUAUUCAUUACUUGCUGCAAAUAUUUUCCUCGUUUUACUAAGUAUUGUACUUGCUUGAUCAAAACAAAACGAAUAUAAAAACACACUUUAUCGACAGUCUAGUCAGAAGAUCUACACUUUAACAUAGAUGCACUCAAACACAACGGAUAUUUGUAAAUAUAUUGUACGAAUUAAGUGUAAUUUAAAUAAGGUAUACAAACUAUACUAAUGUAAUGAUUAUAUGUGCUCUUGUGUUGAAAAAAAAAUUCAAAAAUGUUUAAAUCACUGAUUUUGUUGGGUUAUAAACUUGGCUUAAACAUAAGACAAAAAGUAUACGAAGAAUACUUUUGGGGUGAACCUUAUUUAAUUUAAACCCAUUUCUUGAUAAGCCAGUAACAGUAUAUGAUAUCGAUAUACAUAUAAUUUUAUGGCUUAUAUUCAAAUUUCUGACUGUUUAUAGCAUUGUUAUUUGU